AGUGCUGGGAGUUCAGUGUACGGGUCGGCAGCAGCGGAGAGACAACGGGUAUCGCAAUUUGACAGCGCGACGACAAUUAUUAUAGCAGAUAAAGGGGAGACAAGCAACUGAAGACAUCACAAUGGCAACGCAAACGCAAAUAGACGAGCUUUAUGAAUUCAUCUUCCCGCUGGCGGUGCGUGCAGGUAACAUUCUACUCGAGGGUUAUCAGGAGGCGGGCAAGGCUGUGUCGCUGAAGAGUGGCGGUUUUUACGAUGUGGUUACUGAGUAUGAUAACAAAAUUGAGGAGUUUCUUAUGAGAGAAAUACUAGCCAAAUAUCCAGAUCACAAAUUCAUAGGCGAGGAGGACACGGCCAAAAAUGAUAACAUUACCAAGGAGCUAACAGAUGCGCCUACUUGGAUCAUUGAUCCCAUCGAUGGUACCUCCAAUUUCAUAAAACAAAUUCCUCAUGUUUGUGUGUCAAUUGGUCUAUCCAUAAAUAAGCAAAUUGUAUUGGGUAUUGCGAACAAUCCUCCUCAGCAGAAACUCUACACCGCCAAGUUGGGUCAAGGGGCCUAUUGCAACGGAGAGCCCAUACACGUGAGCACCUGUGCGCGCAUAAGCGAGGCUAAUGUGGCCUAUGAGGUUUGUCUUCUACACGCUGCAAAGAUUCGGAACAAGCACAUCAAACGCAUCUACCAUGUGGGUGCGCAGGCAAGGCGGCUGCUGGCCUACUCUUGUGUGGUGGAUUCACUAUGCAUGGUAGCCGCUGGCAAUCUGGAUGCCUUUCACAUCGAAGACAUGUAUCCAUGGGAUUGUGCCGCCGGGUAUUUACUUAUAAGCGAGGCUGGCGGUGUUGUGACUCAUCCAUAUGGUGGCCCAUAUAAUAUAAUGAAGCCAGACUUGAUUUGCGCAGGCACGGAAAGUUUGCGCAACGAAAUGGAGCAACUAAUUCGCAGAGCUGAUCGGGAAAAGUCAGUAGGAGGCGGCGAAAUAGCAUAAACUUUUCACAGAGCUUUUCUAGCAGUGAGACUCAAGAGUAAAACUUUCCAGUACGCCCCCAUGAAUUGCAAUAAACAAAAAUAAAACUAUAACAAAAUUUAAA